AUGUCGUUAUUUUUUUUAUAACUAGCUUGAUAAGAUAUGAUGAACGAUUUAGUCAAAACUAUCCCUAAUAUUCCUUACCUAAAAACGAAAGCAGGUCCUAGAGAUAAAGAUUUAUGGCCUCAACGAUUAAAAGAAGAAUAUCAGGCUUUAAUUGCAUACAUGACAAAAAAUAAAGAAUGUGAUUCUGAUUGGUUUAGAUUAGAAUCAAAUAAAGAGGGUAUUCAAUGGAAAGGUAAGUGUUGGCUAUAUCAAGACAGAAUUAAAUAUGAAUUUGAUAUGCAAUUUGAAAUUCCUGCUUUAUACCCAGUAGUAGCUCCUGAAAUAUCUUUACCCCAAUUAGAUGGUAAAACAGCCAAAAUGUAUAGAGGUGGAUAUAUAUGCACAUCUGACCAUUUCAAGCCCUUAUGGUCAAAAAAUGUUCCCAAGUUUGGUAUUGCUCAUGCACUUUGUUUAGGAUUAGCUCCUUGGUUAGCCGUUGAGAUUCCAGAUUUGAUUCAAAAGGACCUGAUAAAAGCUCAAUCAUGAAUGAUGAUUAUAAAUGGCAUAUUUUUAUAAAAUAAAAACUUAUUUAUUAAAUAAAUUAUUGUAUGACAUCUAAUGCCAAAUAUGAUAAUUGUUAUUUUUUAAUAUCUUUUUUCGGGUUUGGUUUAAAAUUUUUAAUGUAAAGGUUU